UAGAUAUCCUCAUAUUUUGAAAUAAAAAAAAUUCCCUAUAUUUUACGAAUAAAAAAUAUAUUCUGAAGUUGAUGUUUAGUAAAAUACCGUCUAUUAUGUGUAAUUCCAAGUAGUUUUACGCUAAUGACGUCAACUUUGCAAAGUAACAAGACACUUACUCAACAUACACACUACACAUGACACUAAUACUCAUGUUGUGACUGGCUGAAUGACAUAAAGUCCAUGCCAUAAAAAAAAAUUAAAAAAAAACUUCAUUUUUUUGUUAUUUUGUCAUUUUUGACAUUUUUGACCUGGGUCAUUUUUCCCCCUCUUAGUCAUCCGUGUAACAAAAAAAGGUUGGUCAUCGGAAGGUUAAAAUAGAGAUAAUUUUUUGAACAGAUGCUGUGAAGUAUUUUCUAUAUAUUAAACAAACUAAUUAAAGAUAACAAUAUUGCGUGGGUAAUGUUAAAGCAUAUUCAAGUAUAUUCAACUAUUUUGUAUAAUUAAAAUCAAAACUUUUUAAAUACACAUAAAACAAACUAGAUUAAAGAUAACAUAACUACGUGGGUAAUCCUAAAUCAUAUAUAUGUAGCUCGGAUAAACAGUCUAUUUUAUUGUAACAAUAAUAUACUACAACCAAAAAGUAUGAAUAUUAAUACUAUUAAAACAUUACUAAAAAUUUUGCCUGAACAGCUUUAUGUUCAAGAAAAAAAAACUAAUGAAUUUGACAAAGUCUGUGGACUUAAACAUUUUGUGCAGCCUCUUAGAACAAAAAGGCCAUCGUAUUGACAUGACGUUAGUGGAAGAUUUCGUAAAAAUAAAAACCAUUGAAGACAACAAACGGGAAAAUGACAGAGUGAGGCAAGUAAUUUUCAAAUUUUUAAAAGUUAUAUUUCAAAAAACAAAUCAAGACGAGAGGUUCCAUCACUUCCAUGAACUUGUACAAAUCAUCUACCAUAAUAUCAGUCAAAAAUUGUUAGAACUAAAACAAGUUCAGUCGCUGUUAACUAAAGAAGAAUAUAAAAAGAUCGUAAGGUACUCCAUUCCUUUCGUAAAAUUAGAAAUAAUAUUAGAAAUGUUCGCUACAAAGGAUAGAAAUCUAAGUUACUCCAAAGAUGUGACAAUUUUGGUUGAAGAGUUGGUGGAGUAUUUGAAACAACCCUUUCUUUUACGGGAAGAAGUCUAUGAAAUAGCCAAAAACACAUUACCUGAUACUGAUAAGAAUUCCAAAGUUACAGGAUACCGUUUAGAAUCAGUGGUGGACUGUGGUGGUUAUUUAAGUGAAUAUGCUAAACUAGAAAUCUCGAUUGAUAAAGAAUGUGUCUAUAGGUAUUUUAUUAAAUCCCUACCGAAGAAACCAAAUGAUCUACAUGAAGUUCUCACAAAGCCUUCAUUCAACAAAGAGCUUUUAUUUUACAAAGAGUUCAUUCCAACGUUAAAACAACUGGGUGCAGUUCAUUUGGACUUCCUGCCUGAAUGUUAUAUGGUGGGUAAAGACUUUAUGGUAUUAAAAGACCUUGCAUUUGAAGGGUACUCUUCUAGUUUCAAAUGUUGCUGUGAGUAUGAUCACUUAUUAUUAGCUAUUAGACAGCUGGCUAAAAUGCAUUCCUUGUCCAUAAUUUUUGAAGAAAAAAUGAGCAAAAUACUAGGAGCAAAGGUGAAAAUAGACCAAUGCUUUCCAGGUGUGGUUGUUGAGAGUCAGUUUCUUCCACAGGAGUUGACGGAAGCGCAUAUUCAGCAUGCUGCAAAUGUUUUGAAGAGAUAUCCACAUUUAGUGAAUACGAGUACUUCCAUGGAAGAACUUACAAACAAAGCUGUCAAAAAGCUCAGUGAAAGCUACGAGGUUGUAAAAAAAUCUGGAAAAUACAGGAACGUUCUAACACAUGGUGACUUAUGGACAACUAACCUGUUUUACAAAACUGACUCAAAUAAGCAGCUAGAACACUGUGUUCUUCUAGAUUACCAGUUGAUGAGGUAUGCUCCACAAGCUUUAGAUUUACUAAUGCUGUUACAUGUGAAUACCGCGAAAGAGGUUAGGCAACAACGCAUGCAAGAUCUUCUUCAUGUCUAUUAUUCCGAACUUAGGUCUAUUUUACACAAUUUUGAUAUCGAUCUAGAAAAAAUAUCGCCUUUUAAUGACCUGGUGCAAAGUGUUCAGGAAUUAAAACUGUUUGGAGUGUUUGCAGGCACCUUCUUAAACAAUUUUGUAAGUUUACCUAAAGAACAAUUCCACGAAAUUUUAAAGGAUCCCAAGAUUGAUUUCUGGUGUAACCAUAUACAGAGAGAAGAUGCGAUUCAAUCUCUUUGGGAUGAUGUAGAUCCAGAGUGGAAGAAAAAAAUUGAAGAAAAUGCUGAAGAUCUGGUUGAACUAUGUGAGAAUAUGCAACAUAUUAUCCUUUAAUAGAUAUUUAUUUUGA